UCGUUCAUUUACGGAUAUUUCCGAAGUUCAACGAAUAUGGCGGUUGUGUUCCAGUUUCAACCGGUUGAAGAAAUUUGGAUGCUUUUCUCAAAAACUUGGGUGUAUGUCAGUGGAAAAGUUCUUCGAGGUGUCUUCAUAAAAGAUUUUCAUGCCACCGAUAACUAUGACUUCGGUUAACCUCUCUGAGGAAGCGGCCAAACUUCUGGACUUCAGCCAGAAGCUGGACAUUACGUUACUAGAUAAUAUUGUCACAAUGAUGUACACAGGGAAUGGUCCACAGCAAAGAAUGGCACAGGAAGUUUUAACAACUCUCAAGGAACACCCAGAUUCCUGGACAAGAGUGGACACAAUAUUAGAAUAUUCCGUCAACCAACAGACCAAAUACUACGCUCUUCAAAUUCUAGAAAAUGUCAUUAAAACACGGUGGAAAGUCCUACCUAGGGCACAAUGUGAAGGCAUUAAGAAAUACAUUGUGGGGUUAAUCAUCAAAACAUCAUCAGAUGCUGCCUUACUUGAGAAGGAGAAAGUUUAUGUAGGAAAACUCAACAUGAUCUUAGUCCAGAUUUUAAAAUAUGAGUGGCCAAGGAAUUGGCCUUCAUUCAUCAGUGACAUCGUUGGAGCCAGCAAAACAAACGAGUCAUUGUGUCAAAACAAUCUAGCAAUUCUUAAAUUGCUCAGUGAAGAAGUCUUUGACUUCAGCAGUGGGCAGAUGACGCAAGCUAAAGCCAAACAUCUGAAGGACAGCAUGUGCAGUGAAUUCUCCUCCAUUUUCCAAUUGUGUCAAUUUGUCAUGGACAACUCUCAGAAUGCACCACUGGUGGGAUCGACAUUAGAAACACUCCUGCGUUUCCUGAAUUGGAUUCCCCUUGGUUACAUAUUUGAGACCAAACUCAUCACAACACUCAUUUAUAAGUUUUUGAAUGUUCCACUAUUCAGAAAUAUUACCCUCAAGUGCUUAACAGAAAUAGCUGCUGUAUGUGUUCAACAAUAUGACGAACAAUUUGUUCACCUAUUCAAUCUCACAAUGACCCAAUUGAAACAGAUGCUGCCUUUGGAAACAAAUUUGAAAGAGGCCUACCAGAAAGGGACAGAUGAUGAACAAAAGUUUAUUCAGAACUUGAGUCUGUUUCUGUGUACAUACCUGAAGGAACAUGGCCAGCUGAUUGAGAGGAAGCAAGACUUGCACACUGUCCUAUUAGAGGCCUUACACUACCUUAUCCUGAUAUCAGAAGUCGAGGAGGUUGAGAUAUUUAAGAUAGCCUUAGAGUACUGGAACACGCUGGCAGCUGACCUGUACAGAGAGAGUCCGUUUUCUUCCAACACGUCCCCACUGCUCAUUGGCAAACCUCACCACAAUGACGUGCCAGCCAGACGACAGCUCUACACACAAGUUCUGUCAAGGGUACGGAGAGUUAUGAUUUCCCGAAUGGCCAAGCCUGAAGAAGUCCUGAUUGUAGAAAAUGAACAAGGAGAGGUGGUCAGGGAAUUUCUCAAGGAUACAGACUCCAUCAACCUUUACAAAAACAUGAGAGAGACACUAGUCUACCUGACACAUUUGGACUACAAUGACACAGAGUCUAUAAUGACAGAAAAGCUUCAUCAUCAGGUUGACGGGACAGAGUGGUCAUGGAAAAACUUGAACACAUUGUGUUGGGCUAUUGGAUCCAUAAGUGGAGCCAUGCAUGAAGAUGAUGAGAAGAGAUUUUUAGUCACAGUCAUCAAGGACCUGCUUGGGUUGUGUGAACAGAAGAGGGGAAAGGAUAACAAGGCCAUUGUGGCCUCCAACAUCAUGUAUGUAGUGGGACAGUACCCCCGCUUCCUGAGGGCCCACUGGCGGUUCCUCAAAACGGUCGUCAACAAGCUGUUUGAGUUCAUGCAUGAAACACAUGAUGGUGUACAAGAUAUGGCUUGUGACACUUUUAUCAAGAUCGCACAGAAGUGUAGAAGGCAUUUUGUGCAAGUUCAGGUGGGAGAAGUAAUGCCAUUCAUUGAGGAAAUUUUGAAUGGAAUAAACACAAUCAUCUGUGAUUUGCAACCGCAACAGGUGCACACAUUCUAUGAGGCGGUGGGGAUGAUGAUCAGUGCUCAGAAUGACCAGGUGGCCCAGGAACACCUGAUCGAGCGCUAUCUCCUGUUACCUAACCAAGUCUGGGACGGAAUCAUCAACCAAGCCACACAGAAUGUGGAAGUCCUAAAAGACCCUGAUGCUGUAAAGCAGCUGGGAAACAUUCUCAAGACCAAUGUGCGGGCCUGCAAAGCCCUCGGCCAUCCUUAUGUGGUGCAGCUGGGAAGAAUCUACCUAGACAUGCUGAAUGUGUACAAGGUGAUGAGUGAGAACAUUAGUAGUGCAAUAGCCACCAACGGAGAGACGGUCACGAAGCAGCCCCUGAUCCGCAGCAUGAGGACGGUGAAGAAGGAGACCCUGAAGCUCAUCUCCGGCUGGGUCAGUCGCUCCACGGACCCGCAGAUGGUGGCAGAGAAUUUCAUCCCACCCUUACUAGAUGCUGUGUUGCUAGACUAUCAGAGAAAUGUGUCGGCAGCCAGGGAGCCAGAGGUUCUAAGCACAAUGGCCACCAUAGUCAACAGAUUGGAGGGCAAUAUCACAAAGGACAUCCCACAAAUUUUUGAUGCUGUGUUUGAGUGUACACUGGAAAUGAUCAAUAAAGACUUUGAAGAUUUUCCCGAGCACCGAACAAACUUCUUCUUGCUGUUACAAAGUGUUACUGCUCACUGUUUCCAAGCUUACCUGAAUAUUCCUCCGGAGCAGUUUAAGUUAGUGCUGGACUCUGUGAUUUGGGCUUUCAAACAUACAAUGAGGAAUGUGGCCGAUACAGGGCUGGAUAUUUUAUAUACUUUAUUACAAAAUGUGGCGAACCACGAAGAGGCUGCACAGAGUUUUUAUCAGACCUAUUUCACUGACAUUUUACAGCAUGUGUUUUCUGUUGUGACGGAUAGUUCCCACACUGCAGGACUGACAAUACAAGCCACCAUUUUGGCAUACAUGUUUAGUCUGCUGGAGAACGGCAAGAUCACAGUGACCUUGGCACCAACCUCAGGGCCCUCUAUGCAGAAUGUGCCCUACAUUCAACAGUUCCUCAUGAAUCUCCUUAAGGCAGCAUUCCCACACCUAAACGAGCCUCAGAUCAAAAUUUUUAUUGAGGGCCUCUUCAGUUUUGAUCAGGAUAUCGCAGCUUUCAAGGAACACUUGAGGGAUUUUUUGGUGCAAAUAAGGGAGUUUGCAGGGGAAGACAACCAGGACCUCUUCCUUGAGGAGAGAGAACAGGCCAUCAAACAGGCCCAGGAAGAGAAACGCAAAAUUCAGAUGUCUGUGCCAGGAAUUCUAGGACCUCACGAAAUUCAAGAGGACAUGCAGGACUAGGUCCCAUAACUAAUUGAAACUGACUUACUAAAUCAGUAAAUCUGUGUAAAAUGUUCAAUGUGUAAAGCAACUGUAAGUCUUUCUGGACUGUACAUGUACAGUAGGCGAAGGAAACAUAUUCUCCUGCCCAGAGAUUUUGGGCACAGAGCCAAGACUAGAAUCUAUCAGGACUUUGACGGCAAUUUGGUGAUUUAAGAUAUGAUCAUCUGAAUUUUGAUAUCUUCUUUGCUUCAGAGAGAAUACACAUUAGCCUUCGGUGCUUUGUGAUGCUGAAUUAUAAUCUACUGAAUAUCUUAAGGCUCAUGAUGUUAUAAAAAUAUCUGUAUAUAAUUAUAUUGAUUGGAGAGAAAAGGUCAGAUGGUUUGCAUUGAGUUCUCAGAUAGUGUAUGUAUGUUGAAUACAGAAAUGGAACAGCAUAGUAUGGUUGUAAAUGAGUUUUGAAUUAUCUUGGAAUCACUUUAACAAAGUUGUUGUGUCAACUUAUUCUAUUGUGCAUUUGCAGUGCAAUAAUGGCCUUUGUCAUAUUCUCAUGCUUUUUCUAUGAAAAAGACUGCAUUUCAAUACUAUGUAUAUUUUAGAUAACAAGUUCAGCAUUACAUUUAAUGUUGUAAUAGCAAAUCAAAGCAACUUGUUGUGGGGGACAUCUUGUACCUCAUCAGAUAGCUGUCUCAAAUUAGACAGGACUCCAAGUUGUGGGGACAAGCGAGUCUGAUUGUAUUUAAUGAGACUUCAAGAGUAUUACAUUAUUAAGAUACAUUCAUGAAAGGAUGGACUGUGUUAAUACACAUACAUCAUUAUCUGGUGUUACAGUCUGGACAUUUUUUUUCUGAUUGGUUGUAAUUGUCCAAUAGAAUAGUCUAUGCUGUUCACAAAACAUGUUCAUGUUCAGUGUAUGUACCAUUAGCAGAUGUGUAGGUCCAUCUUGUGUGAUGACAAGGUCACUUGAGAAAAUCAUAAGUUCAUAUUUUUUUUCAUUCCAAGUGUUGAGUGUUUCUAGUUCACCCAGUUUUACAUAUCCUUCCCAUAUUUUUAUUUAAAGUCUUCACUUGUCAUUCAUUGGUAGUACAUGUAUUUCCUUUAAAAGAUCUGCCUCAUUUAAUUUCAUUCUUAAUAUAAUAUUAAUUACUUUGUAAUAUUUACUCUGUUCCACCUUAUUUUAUUUGUACGCCAUACCGGUCUAGAUGCACCAGUGAGAAGUUCCAUUUCAUGUGUUGAACCAUCCUUUGUGAUUUAUAAUCAAUGCAGAACAGAUACUAACAUAUUGUGUACUAAAUCACUGCAGUUUUAUGCUCUCUGGUAUUACAAAUAUAGUAUAAUCCCAGUAAGGUAAUUCUUGCUUAGAACCAUCCUUUAUCAAUUAAAAUCAAUGCAGAACUGAAUACAAAAAUCAUUGCAGUUUCAUGCUUUCUGGUAAUAGUAUAGAUUAAUUACCUGUGUGAAAUGUUCAUUUUGAAGUACUGUCCCAUUUGAUUUUUUUCUGGUGCUUCUGGAUGUAUUAUUUUUUUGUUAACUGGUUAAUUUAACAAGUGUGAUUUAUAUUCAUCGUUACACAUAUUUAAUCAUGCAUUGUUUUUCUUAUUAGUUACAUUGUAAUAAUGGUUGAAUAAAAAAAGGUCAGAAAAAUAUCAAAUAAAGUUUUUGAAUUAAAA